GCCCAAUUAUAGCUGCGCUCCCCUCGCUCCUGUCUCUGACAGAAAUGUUCUGGUUGCUAUGAUGUUCAGCUCCUUCUCCAACUCUCAUCUCUGUGGAUCAACACCUGUUCGGAGCGUCGCUUCUUUCCAUCACCUUGGCGUCACAGAAACUCUUUCUCCCGCCAACCCCUCACAUGCUCGUGUUCAGAGGACUGGGAUGGAUGGUUUGAUCCAGGUGCCUGGCGACACUGAAGUCCUGGUGAGAUGUCCUUGAGUGGCAACACGAGCCAGUCUUCUUUGUCAACGUCGCCGCUGCCCCUCGUCUUCAACAGCUCCGGCUCUCAAUAUUCGCUGUCACGGGAGAAGGAACGAGCCGGGCACGAGUCUGUGCAAGAGUGGCUAGGGAAUAACACCCAGCUCUUCUCAGACCUAUCCGUCAUUGACCAGGAUGAGCAGUGCCAUAUGUCUUCUGUCCUCACAGCAUGUCUAGUGGUGUGGUACAGUGUGACAAUGGUGCUGGGGCUGGUGGGGAACAUGGGUCUCAUUUGCAUCAUCACCCGUCGCAGAGAAAAAAUCAAUGUCACCAGCAUUUUCAUUUGCAAUCUGUCAUUCUCUGACAUUCUGGUGUGCGUCUUCUGCCUCCCCUUCACUGUCAUAUACACACUCAUGGACCACUGGGUGUUUGGGUCGCUGCUGUGCCGGUUGGUGCCCUUCAUCCAGUGUGUGUCUGUGACUGUGUCUGUGCUGUCUCUAGUGUUCAUAGCUCUAGAAAGACAUCAGCUCAUCAUUAAUCCCUCUGGCUGGAAACCAAGCAUUCCUCAGGCCUACACGACGGUCACUCUAAUUUGGAUUCUGGCCUGUUUCACCUCUUCACCUUUCUUGGCCUUUCAACUGCUCACAAAUGAGCCCUAUACUAAUGUAAUCCUGCCACUGCAUCACCAAGCUUCUCCUCAGUCUUAUCUGAAUGCAUCUGCGACUCAACCUGUCUCCUACACAUUCAAAAACUCAUCUGUGCUUCUAAAUUCAUACCGCUCCCUCUUUUCUUACGUCCCCACCUCUCCACACAUGGAAGCCUGCGUGGAGCACUGGCCAUCGCAGGGACAUAGGGUCGCUUACACCACAUGGCUCCUACUGUUCCAGUACUGUGGUCCUCUGUUGUUGGUCCUGCUGUGUUAUGUUAGAGUUUUUGUGCGCCUCCGCCGCCGCAAAGACAUGCUGGACCGUGCCAGGACGCCAGAGAACCAGCGUAUAGCCCACAGCCGUCGAAUCAACAUCAUGCUGGUCGCUCUCAUAACAGCCUUCGCUCUCUGCUGGCUCCCGCUCACCAUCUUCAACGUGGUGUCAGACUGGAACCAGGAGGCUCUGCCGAUUUGCCACCACAACCUGCUUUUCUCCCUCUGCCACCUGCUGGCCAUGUCCUCCACCUGCAUCAACCCGAUCAUAUACGGAUUCCUCAACUCCAACUUCCGCCAAGAGGUGAGAGAGAUCCUCCUGCACUGCCGCUGUUUGCCACAAGAGGAAGAGUGUGAGCGCUUUCCCAUGUCCACUGUUCACAUGGAGGUGUCCCGCACAUCUGUACCUCCUCCGUACAGGAGCAACUCCGUCUGACUUUCAAGCUACAACCUAAAUGGUGGUCGCAUCACAACUGUACAAUUGCUGGACUAACGUUGUUCUACCUUUAAUGGCAUUUUGAAGUGUGAUAUUUUGUCAGUGGUUUAAAGUGAGGUGUGCACCGUGUUGGUUUAUCUGAUUCUGCAGUAAACCCUAAUUGUAAAAGGACUGUGUUGAAAAAAACAUGUUUCAAAAGAAGGUAUGCUUUAAAUUAAUCAGUUGCUGUGUUCAAAUAUUACGCUUCAUGCUAUGUAUUAUUUGCUACAGUAUUUUGCUUUCUUUGUUGUUUAUAUAAACAGAAAAUUAUACAGCAUGUGCCCAACUGGGUGUCAGUUCCCUGGGGGUCAUCUUUAACACCAUUACUGACUUGACUACUGCUACUGUAUUUCUUACAUUUCAGUACUCCUUUUGUAUUUAUGGCAUUUGCUUUGUGAAAUCUGUGAGUGAACUUUUACAGCAAACACAAGGUAUGUUUUGUUUUGUGAUUUAUGCGACUAAUAAAGGUAAAAAA